AUGCAUCUUUGUGGUGCCCUUGUCGCUCUGGCGCUGUGCGUCGACAUCAUCACCGCCUUGCCCGCCGACCAAGCGCCAUCCCAUGAGUUCCCUCUGCGCCUGAUUAAAACAGCAGAAAAUGACACCGGCCAGUGGAUGACGGAGCAGGAGAUGUUUGAGAAUCUAACAUUAAAACGGCGCGGAUUCAUAGACAUAACCGACAUCACCGACCAAGACUAUCUACAAGCCCUCUCCAUGCCCGACGACGAAAUUACCGUCCAAGAUGUAUCGUAUCCUAGCAAAGUUAUGCACAAGGACGAGGCAACCAAGAUGAUUGGCCGAACAAGCAUCGGCAACCCCCAAAAGUGGCUGAAGCCAUUCACCAACUUCCACACGCGUCAUCUCCGCUCACAAACAGGCACCGAAGCCGCUGAAUGGCUCUUCGAACUCGUCAAGCAAGUCGCCGCGCCCAACUCAGCCAUUAUAGUCGAGCAAUUCAAGCACUCCUUCAACCAGCCGUCCGUGAUUGCUCGCAUCCCCGGUGAAAGACCCGACAUGAUUGUCAUUGGCGGCCACCUGGACUGCACAUCCGGCAGCGCAUCGGCACGGAGCCCUGGCGCCGACGACAACGGCAGCGGCACCGUCACGAUCCUAGAGAUCUUGCGCGUACUAGCCGAGAGCGGCUUCAAGCCUAAGAAUACCAUCGAGUUUCAGUGGUACGGCGGCGAGGAGGCAGGACUAUUAGGGUCGAGUGACAUCUUUAAGAGCUACAAGGCCGCCAAGAAGAGUAUCCUGGCCAUGGUGAAUGUGGACAUGACGGCGUAUUCGCCUAGCGGCAAGAUCUUUUAUUAUACAGAUAACACGGAGCCCAAGCUGAAUGAAUAUGUGAGGAUGCUGAUUACAGAGUUUGUCGGGGCGCCGGGGACGUCCAAGUGCGGGUAUGCGUGCUCGGAUCAUGCGACGGCGCGGCGGAACGGAUAUCCGUCGGCGUUUGUGAAUGAAGAGGCGUUUAAGCAGUCGAAUCCGGAUAUUCAUAGCGCAGCUGAUACGUACGAUAAGGUGCAGUGGAAUGCGGUGAUGCGCCAUGUCAAGUUUCUGGCGGCGUUUGCAGUCGAGGCUUCGUAUAUAUAA